AUGCGGAAGAAUCGCUCUUGGACCUGCGCAGCCUUGCAGCGGGAGGCAUACCACCCCUUGUCACCACUUUCUUCGCAACUCCAAUCGUCUGUUCCUCCUCCCAAUCCCUCGCCUCCCCCCUCCCUCUCCGCCAUCUGUCCCGGUCUUCCCCCAUCUUCCCCCGCGCCAGGCUUCAUGGGGCUGGAGGAGAUGGACUUGGCGGAGUUUGCGGGGCUGGGCGCUAGCGGGGAGGUGGAGGGCGCAGAUAAGCUUCAUGGGGCUCGAGGAGAUGGACCCGGCGGAGUUCGAGGGGCUGGUGGCUGGCGGGGAGAUAAAGGGCGCAGAGAUGAGAUUGACCCGGCGGAGUUUGAGGGGCUGGUGGCUGGCGGGGAGGUGGAGGGCGGAGAGAUUGAGGAGAGCGGGGAAGAAUUGGGGGAAGCGGAAGCAGGAGAAGCAGCUGAAUGUGGGGCUGCGGUGGAGGGGGGGGGAAGUGGAUCUGGGUUGGGGGACAAGGGGGCAGGGGACAGGGUUUUAGAGGGGGACAUGCCGGAAUGGGAACCCCUUCGUCUGCACCCGCUCAUUCUCCGCGCCCUGCGCGACCUGGGGUUCACCUCCCCCACGGCCAUUCAGCGAGCAUGCAUCCCCGCUGCUGCGUCCAGGGGCAGGGACGUUGUGGGGGCGGCUGAAACUGGGUCGGGUAAGACGCUCGCGUUUGCCAUCCCGAUUCUGCAGAGGCUGCUGGAUGAGAGGGAGAAGGAGAGGAGGUUGAAGGAGGGGGGCGGGGCGUGGGGGGAAGAUGGGGGAGAUGGGGAAGGGGAGGGCGCGGACGGGGGAGGAGAAGGGAAUAAUGAGGGGGAAGGGGAGGGGGAAGGGGAGGGGGGAGGGAAGAAGGGGGGAAAGGCGGCGGGCAGCGGGGCUCGGAAGAGAGUGAAGGGGCCGCUGCGUGCGCUCAUCAUCACGCCCACGCGCGAGCUGGCGCUGCAGAUCGUGUCGCACAUAAAAGACGCGGCCCGCCACACAGGCGUCCACGUGGCCGGCAUAGUGGGCGGCAUGGCGGAGGUGAAGCAGCGGAGGGUGCUGAGCCUCGGGCCGCAGAUUGUGGUCGGCACGCCCGGGCGGCUGUGGGAGCUGAUGAGCCAAGGGGAGGCGCACCUGGUGCAGCUCGAGUACCUCUCCUUUCUCGUUCUAGACGAGGCUGAUCGCAUGGCGGACCCAGGAAGGUUCAAGGAGCUUUCGUCCAUCUUGGGAAUGCUGCCCCCCACUGCGGCUUCUCUCGCUGCUGCCAAGGCCAAGGAGGCUGCUCUGGCUGCCCGAGAUGCUGCCCGGGCAGCGAAAAAGGCAGCUCGGGCAGCUAAAAUUGCUGCGGAGAGGGAUGCGGCACGAGGAAAGAAAGGGAAGGGGAAAGCAGGGAUGGAAGAGGCUGAAAAGGAAGGGAAAGGAGAGGAAGAGGAGGAGGAAAAGGAGGAGAAAGAGGAGACUAAAGGGGAGAGGGGAGAAGAAGACGGUAGGGAGGAUGGGGAGGAGGGAGAAGAGAGAGAAGAGGGAGAAGCAGGAGAAGGAGAAGGGGAGGAAACGUUUUCUCUUCAGCCACCCACCCUCGCGAAAAAGAAGCGGCAGCUGACUGGCAUGCGCCCCUCCCCUGCCAUUGUUGAUCUGACUACUGCUGAUGUGGUGGCGAGUGGGGUUCAAGAGGCUGCUCUAGAGUGUGACGACAGCAUGAGGGACGUCUUUCUCCUCUACCUCCUGCGCAUGCACGGCACAUUUGGUCGCACGCUCGUCUUCUGCUCUGCCAUCUCGUCUGUUCGCCGCCUCGCCUCCCUGCUGUCCCUCCUGCAAGUCCCCUCCUUCCCCCUGCACGCGCAGCAGCAGCAGCGGCAGCGUCUCAAGGCGUUGGAUCGCUUCAGGCAGCACCCCAGUGGCGUGCUGGUGGCAACAGACGUGGCAGCGAGAGGGCUCGACGUUCCUGAGGUGCGUCUCGUGGUGCACUAUCAGCUACCCCACACGGCAGAGGGCUACGUGCACCGCUGCGGCCGCACGGCCCGAGGCGCUUCUUCUGAGGGAUGCUCCGUGGCUCUGGUGACACCCAAGGACUCCAUCAAAUACUCGUCGCUGCUCAGGAAGCUGAACAAGACUGGCCCCCUCCCCACCUUUCCGGUUGAUCACAACUACCUUCCCAACCUCAAGCAGUGCGUGAGCCUGGCUUUAAGUGUCGACACGCUCUCCCGCAAGCACUCCAAGGAGAAAGCAGAAACUUCCUGGAAGCAGCGCGCUUCCAAGGCGGUUCAAGCGCUGAAGCAAGCAGUCUCACAGCCGCUCAGGCCAACCAACCUGCGCUCACUCAUUGCUGCUUCCGGCAUGACAACCGAGCUGGCCAAUCAGCUGCGAGCAACCCCAUCGGCUGCCGCCAUGUCAGCAGCAGCAGGCACUCCUGGGAACACCCAGCACCUCGCCAAUCCCUUUGCUUCCCUGGCAACAGCUAGAGCAGGGAAGCAGUGGGGGGAAGGGGGGACACAGGGAGGAGGGGAGAGAGCCAUGGUUUCACCCGCGCGCACCGAGCCGCCCUUCCCCCUGGAGAGCCUCCCCGACGACGUUCUCGCGCUCGUCCUCCGCUCGCUCGCGGAGACAUCCUUCCGCCACGUGCUCGUGUCGAAGCGCUGGCUCUGCCUCACCACGUCUGCACUCUCCCAUUUGACCGUUCAGCACCGCGGGUUUAAAUCGAAUGAUUCUAUAACGGAGACGAAUCCUUUUGAGCCCUUCCGCAACGUACAGCUUGCGUGGCUUCCGCUUCCGCGCCUUGUUUCCGCGCUGCGCCGCUUCCCCGCCCUCACGCACGUGUCUCUCGGCGAGUUUUCCAUCUUAUCCGCCGACGGCGACGGUGAAGCAGCAGACGCGCUCUUCCACUGUCUGGCCGCCACGUGUCCGCGCCUGACGCAUCUGACGGUGGAGCAGCAGAUUCGCAUGCCGGUUACUGUAGACGGCCUCGCGUCACUCUUCCAUGGAUGUCGAAAGCUCAGGGAUCUCCGCCUACUCACCACCAACGGCCUCCCGCAUCUCCCGGCGUCCCUCUCGCUCCUCACGGAUCUCCAAACCCUCCACGUGUGCUCGCAUCCCCGCUAUGGCGAAGACUCGUUACAGGAGCUCGUUUCGCCGCGUGAGAGCAUCGGCGCGCUGCAGCAGCUGCGCGAGUUGCGGAUCUGCGCGGGAGCGAAUUUCCGCGGUCUCGACGAGUGCGUGGGCCUUCUUGGUAACCUCCGCACACUGAGCAUCGGUAACGGUAACCACUGGUCGGAAGCUGUCACGAAGCUUCCCGACGCCAUUGGCGACUUGGCUGUUCUGGAAACCCUAGAAAUCGACUUGGAUGGUCUAGAGAGCAUUCCGGAAUCUUUUCAACUGCUGACCGGGCUGAAAACCCUCUCGCUCCAAUGCAGACUUCUGCGAUACCUGCCCGAAAAUGCCAUGGCGGGGAUGACUCAGCUGCAGCAUCUUUCCAUCAACGGCUGUGCUUCCCUCGAGAUUCUUCCAGAAAGCAUCUGCUUCCUCCCCCUCUCCUCCCUCUUCAUCUCCUCCUGCUACUCCCUCACCGCACUCCCUCACCACAUCGGCGCCUUGUCCCAUCUGCAAACCCUAAGUCUCCUCUACCUUGAGAAUAUCCAGGCGCUGCCCGAAAGUCUGGGUAAUUUACCCCGGUUGAAAACGCUCGAGCUGGAUCUGCCCGCGCUGGAGCAUCUGCCCGAGAGAUUUUGUGAAGGGAGCCUGCCAGCAUGCCUGGAAAAGCUGACUCUGACGCGUCUUUGCCGCGAUGCUGCUGAUUUCCGUACCGCUCCUCACCGUGCAAGAGAUCAUAGCACCGGCCUCCACCGCACUGCACAUCCGACGUCCGGUGAUGCUUGUCCCUGCUGCGCUGCUCGCUUCCGCUGCCGCUAA